GAAAAUGGCAUCAAAACUAGCAGCUGCCAUCGCUGCCUUCUUUCUGUUGGCCAGCCUGGCUGUCAUCAUUACAGUGGCUAUUAUUCAGAUCCAUAAAAAAAGCUAUGUGUCACCAGGCUUAAAGUAUGGGAUCGUCCUUGAUGCUGGCUCUUCACGGACUACAGUGUAUGUUUACCAAUGGCCAGCAGAAAAGGAAAACAACACAGGAGUGGUGAAUCAGACCUUGAGGUGUGAUGUUCAAGGUCCUGGAAUCUCAAGCUUUGGCCUUGAUACUAAACAAGACGAGAAGACGUGGAAUUCAUUUAAUGACUGCAUGAACAAAACUAAGAGCAUUAUCCCGACUGUCCAGUAUAACGUAACACCCAUCUAUCUAGGAGCAACAGCUGGGAUGAGAUUGCUAAGGUCUGAACAUGAAACUGCAGCCUCUUCGAUCCUCUCAACUAUGCAGGAAUACCUCCAGUCCUGGCCUUUUGAUUUUAAAGGGGUUUCAAUAAUUACUGGCCAGGAAGAGGGAAUUUAUGGAUGGAUUACUGCCAACUACCUAAUGGGCAAUUUCGUGGAGAAAAAUCUCUGGAAUUCUUGGGUUCGACCUCAUGGGGCAGAGACCACAGGCUCUCUGGACCUGGGCGGAGCCUCCACACAGAUAGCCUUCACUCCCGAAGAGGACACCAAGCCAAACAGUACCACAGCAGUGGUGAUGUACGGAUACGAGUAUCAAGUGUACACUCACAGCUUUCAGUGCUACGGCAGAGAUGAAGCAGAGAAGCGACUACUUGCAGCACUCGUGCAGAGGUCUUCUGGCAAAACCUAUGCAGAAAACCCAUGUUAUCCUCAGUAUUACAACGCCACAGUCAAUGCCAAGUAUAUAUUUGGAAGCCAGUGUACUGCGGCACAGAGACCUGCAGAUUACAACCCCAAUCAGCAGCUCACCAUCCUGGGAACCGGAGAUCCAGCUCUCUGCAGAAAAGAAGUGCUCUCCAUGUUCAACUUCACUGCCUGUCCAGGGGAACCAAACUGCUCCUUCGAUGGGGUCUAUCAACCAGGCAUCAAUGGAAAGUUUGUGGCCUAUUCUGGAUUCUAUUAUACUGCUGUGGCUUUAAACUUAAGGGGAUCAUUCCAGCUUGACACCUUCAACUCAAGCUCAUGGUCCUUCUGUUCACAGGAAUGGCCUAAACUUCAAGAAAUGCAUUCGAGUGUAAAACAAUCCUACCUGAAAUCUUACUGUUUCUCAGCAAACUACAUCUAUAGCCUGCUUGUGAACGGUUACAAAUUUGAUGGGCAGUCCUGGCCACAGAUUAGUUUCCAGACAGAGGUUGACAACAGCAGCAUAGCUUGGUCCCUUGGCUACAUGCUGAACCUCACCAACAUGAUCCCGUCUGAGGCCUACCUUGUCAAACUGCCCAUGACCAGCUCUGUCUUUGCGGGCCUCCUCUUCAUGUUCUCGGCACUGGCCAUUCUCAGCCUCAUGUUUCUGAUCAUAUCAGUUGUGCGGUCAUGUUAAUCGUCACAGGUCGGACUUCACUACUAACACAGGGUUUUUCAAACAGACAUUUGAGGGAGGAGGCUACCGCACUGGAAGGAAAGAUGUAAACUCUCUUAAAAUUGAAGGUGGUGCCAUCUAAAGACUUUGGAUAAAAGCUCUGCUUCCUAGUCCAAGAGAGGCGCUGGAUAUCGGCUGCUUUGUGCUUACCAUUCAG